UCAGCUUUUUCUAUUAGAUUUAGAUCUCUCCUAUAUUCCUUUUACUUUUCUCUCAUCUUCUUUUGUUCCUUUAUGUUUCUGUUCAUCUUGGUUUGCUUACAUAUUCAUUCAGUUGAUUAGAUUUUUUUGCUGGAGUUGUAUAAGUUCAACUCAUUUUUGUUCUAAAAUGGAUGAAAUCGAUGUCCCUUGUCAUUUUCUUUGCCCGAUUUCCCUGCAACUCAUGAGAGAUCCAGUUACGGUCUCCACUGGGAUUACCUACGAUAGAGAGAAUAUAGAAAGAUGGUUAUUUUCUUGCAAGAACAACACUUGUCCUGUCACUAAGCAAGUCGUGAACGAUGAAGAUUUAACCCCAAACCAUACCCUUCGUCGUUUGAUCCAAUCAUGGUGUACCCUCCAUUCCUCCCAUGGGAUUGAGCAACUUCCAACUCCAAAACCACCCGUUGACAAAGCCCAGGUUUCCAAACUUCUCAAUGAUGCCAAAAGAUUUCCACACAUGCAGCUCAAAAUCCUGAAAAAGCUCAGAUCGAUCACGCUUGAAAGUGAAAGGAACAGAAGUUGUCUUGAGGCUGCUGGUGCAGUUGAUUUCUUGGCUUCAAUCAUAAAGAAAGAAAACUCUAUUUAUUGGGUUGAUGAAAAAGCUGCAGAUGAUGAUGAUGAAUCUGAGUUUUCACGAGCAACUGAUGAGGCAUUGGCUAUUCUUUAUCAUCUCAAAAUCUCAGAAAAGCGAUUGAAAACUCUGGUAUCAUCAUCAAAUGAUGGUGGUGGUGAGUUCAUAGAGUCAUUAGUACAGAUCUUGAAACAUAGUAACUAUCAAUCCAGAGCUUAUUCAACAAUGUUGUUGAAGUCCAUCUUUGAAGUGGCUGAUCCAAUGCAUUUAAUUAGCAUUAGAUCACAUAUCUUUACAGAAAUAGUACAGGUUUUACGAGAUCAGAUCUCACAGCAAUCAUCAAAAGCAGCAUUGAAACUGCUAGUGGAGGUCUGUCCAUGGGGAAGAAACAGAAUAAAAGCAGUAGAAGGUGGUGCAGUUCCAGUGUUGAUUGAACUACUUCUUGAAAUAUCAGACAAGAGAGCUUGUGAGCUAAUACUAAUAAUUUUGGAUCUGCUUUGUGGGUGUGCUGAAGGAAGAGCAGAGUUUUUGAAGCAUGGAGGUGGAUUAGCAAUAGUUUCCAAGAAAAUUCUGAGGGUUUCUCAUAUGGCAAGCGAGAGGGCUGUAAGAAUUUUGAGAUCUAUUUCCAGGUUUUCUGCAACUUCUAGGGUUCUUCAAGAAAUGUUGCAAGUUGGAGUUGUGGCAAAGUUGUGUUUGGUGCUGCAAGUAGAUAGCAGUUUGAAGAGUAAGGAGAAAGCCAGAGAGAUCCUCAAGUUGCAUUCUAGGGUUUGGAGGAAUUCUCCUUGUAUCCCUGCUCAUUUAAUGUCUUCUUAUCCAUCAUCUUCUUGAUUGAAUCAAUUGUUUUUUAUUUUUUUCUUGUAUAUAUUUAUAAAUAUGGAAUGGGGACCCAAGAAAGCCUCAUCAAAUACAAGUUCAAGAUACAUAAAACAACCGGGUAUUAGCAUUCUAAAUAAGUUAUUUGUUUUUAUUUUUUUUGAAACGGAAAUUGACGA